GCCUCCAUGGGCUAUAGAGGAUACCUGCACUGCCACGCAUCACUUCCUCCAAGUAGGAUUUCUGGCCUCCUCUCUCCAUGUGGCAUUUUCUGCCUUCAAAUGUUUUCACAGAGGUAUUACCAGCUUCACAGCCAGGUUCAGCUGUUGGCAUGGGCUUUGGGCAUUGUGGAACCAGCUCAGGGCAAGCCCAAUGGACUACAGAAAACAACUUUGUAGCCCCUCACAACCAAAACCUCCAACCAAAGAUUCUUUGCAUAGAUCUGUACUGCAGUUCAAGAGCUGGAGAGGCCUAAAAAGCCUUUGGACAGCAGUUUGAUGUAAGUCAUUCCCUAAGAUCUGACUGCUCUCCUGGGUGCUUCCAGGUCAAAGCUAUUUAUGGACUGACCUUCGAAGCCUGGGGCCGUGUCAAUUUGUUGUAACAGGUACUCUGAAAGAAAAUCUUCUGUGAGCAGUCAAGUAUGUGCAGUGUACAUUUGAGAGGCCGCAGGAAGGAAAAUUGCUCUUUGCCAUUCUAGUUGCUGUUCUCGGGGUCAGAAGGAUGCUUUAAGAGAGCAGCCCAUGGCAGGGACUGCUCUAAGAAGCCACAAAAUGGAGGAUCCAGGACUAUGGCACAGGGUGAGACUGAUGAGAAGAGGAUGAGGUAAACGGGCAAGAAGGUUCCUGAGGUGUGAAAGGAAAUCCAUGCUCUAGGAAUGAGCAGCUACCGCAUACAGUCUUCCACGGCCCACAGGUCCAGUGGUUAGCUGGAAUGAGGGCAAAUCUGAAAGACAGGAUUUUCAGCAAGGACAGAGCAGGAACGAGCUUUUGUUUCUUGCAUUCUGCCUCCUUCUAAGGUUUCUUUAAGGGGAGAUCCUUGUCUCAGCCAGUGGUAGGCCACCCAGUUGCUUGUAGGGACUAAAAAAGCUUGAAAGACAAACUUAUGAAAUAUUUCUGCAUCAGGAAGCACUGCUGCUUUGUCAUGGCUAAAGGCACGCAGGUCCAUUUCUGUGUUGAGCAGAAGCACAAGGCCAAUGGUUCUCAGAGAGGGGCUCAAGAAAUACAGGAAUAGUGCGUGAAUUACUACAAAUCACAUUGAGAUGGAGAUUGCAAAAUGUUUUUGUUUUUGUUUUUUUUAAUGAUCUCCGGAGGGAAAAAUGAGAGUCAUAGAUUCAUAGAUGGCUGGGGUUGGAAGGGACCUCACUGAUCAUCCCAUUCCAACGUGUAACAUGUAAAGAGCAUGAAUUACCUACAUGUGUACUUUUCUUUGGCUUUGAUGGAAGAUCUCUGCACGUACUGUGAAGGACGCUGUGAGGAGGCUGAUAGAAGGGAGGGAUGGAAACAGGAGGCCCCAGGAACGGCAAUCAACAAAACAGUGCUGAGUUCCAUCCACUGCAAUUAGUGGGGACGGUUGUUUGCAGCCCUGACCAGCAAAGCUUGGGCAAAAUUCUGGGCCACAGGCACAGAGCUAUAUUGGUUCCACCUGCAUAUUUUGGGCACCAUCAAGAGUCUGGGCAGCCAUCAGACAUACUGAAAUAAGUCAUAGAAUAUCGCGAGUUGGAAGGGACCCUUAAGGAUCAUCAUAGAAUCAUAGAAUUGCUCAGUGUGGAAAAGACCAUAAAGAUCAUCGAGUCCAACCACAACAAUCCAUACUGCCCUAACUCUAACAACCCUCUGCUAAGUCAUGUCAAUUGGAUUUAACUCCAUGGAACACAACUCUUUGGCCCAGCCAUCCAGCCAGUGUUUCCCCAGAUCAAUCGAGUCCAACUCCUCUUGAAGCGACAGUAUUGAAGAGAAUAUCCUGAUAUCCUAUCAACAUCUGAAGAAAACAAUAGGGUGCCAGGACCCACGAGGUUAUUUCCAACAUGGAUUUAGUGCAUAAAUGGAGCAUGACUAUUCCUUCCUCUUCAGAGAGCAUUUAUAAUGUACUUUUACAUGAUAAUGGCAGCGCGUUUCUUACGGCAUUAAACUACUUCUCCCCACCCCUCCACCUCACUUUUCCAGCCCAGUUUUGCACUCUGCUGUGCAGCGUCAGCCCUGAAAUCACCAGUAAUGCUCCCUUUUGGUUGCAGCUCUGGACAGAUGCUGCAUUGCUUGAGGAGGGGUGAAGCACGGCCAAUAAAUAAUCUGUGCUCAGAGAGGCUGAUUGUUGGGAUUAGUGCUUCAGAUGUUCUUAACAUCUGCAACUCCAGGACAGUCCCAAAUUCAUCAGCACUGGAACCUGGAUGGCAGCAGCAAGGCUGAGGGUUUUGUGAGCAUUUUGUUUAUGGAGACAGACAGCAUGAGGGAUGAGAAGAGAAUUCUCAGCAGCCAUGGAGGGGUUACAGCUGCGGCAAGCAUCCAGCAGUCGAGGCCUCCUCAAGCUCUCUGUUAUGGAAGUGAAGUGGAUUCAUGUGUUGGUCAUCUUCUUCUUCCUGCUGUCUGUUGCUAUGACAGGGUGCUUCCUUUGGCAGUACAGCCUCCCCAAGGUGGAGCCCGACCCAUCUGUGAUGGAAGUAAGAUCAGAGUCUGUGCAGAUGUGCCCACGCUACCCUGAGCCAGUACCACUGGACCACCCAAUCCCCAUUUUGAAGGACGCAUUGGAGAAGGUAGACUUGAUGCUGCGCCAAAAGAUUCAUAACUCUGGUCUCCCUGCCAUGUCUGCCAUCGUUAUCUACAAUGACACUGUGCUCUGGACGGGCAACUUCGGAAAGAAGAAUGCUUCAGAUCCCUUCUCAGUGGUGCCCAAUGAGUACACAAUUUACAGAAUCGCCAGUGUCUCCAAGAUCUUUCCCACCCUUAUGCUGUACAAGAUGUGGGAGGAAGGGAAAGUCACAUCUCUGGAUGACCCUUUGGAACGUUACGCCCAGAACUUUGCUAUAAAAAACCCUUUGGGAAGGUUCAGGGAAUCAGAGCAGAGAUAUACAGCAGAUGGGCUGAUUUUUGUGGAAAAAGGUUCGAUACCACUUAAGCCAUCACCUGUUACCUUGCGCAGAAUGGCCAGCCAGCUCUCAGGUCUCCCCAGGAGGCUGCGAUCUACCAGCCUGCUGUGGAAGGGCAGCACACAAGAAGCUCUGGCCCUCCUGAAGGAUGAUGUCUUGGUGGCUGAUCCUGGAACCAGAUGCCACUACAGCAAUUUGGCCUUCUCACUGAUGGCACACGUGCUAGCUGACCAUGCAGCUGAUGGACAAUACCAGCGAUGGAUCUCAGAGAACAUCCUAGACCGCUUAGGCAUGGAGGACACUGGCUUUGACAUCACACCACCUAUCCGCUCCCAGAUGGCAGUGGGUUUCUAUAGCAGCCAGCAGCCAGCCCCUCUCUACGACCUCGGCUGGUACAGACCUUCUGGACAGAUGUACUCUACAGCUGCUGACCUUGCCAAGCUGGCAAUGGUCUUUUUAGGCACCUAUCACCGUCGUCUCUUAGAGCCUGACACAGUGAAGACAAUGCUGACACCUCUGUUUAAGUGCUCCACUGAAUACUUUGCCAACAAGACCGGCACACCGUGGGAGAUUAACGAGCAAUUGGGAUAUGAUGUCAUUAGGAAGGAUGGAGACCUUGAUGGCUAUUCAGCUACUUUCUCACUGAUCCCCAAGCUCCGUCUGAGCUUCAUUGUACUGAUGGCUGGGCCCAGGCCUCAGGGUGGAGAUCUUGUGACCCAGACAUACGAGUAUCUCAUUACUGCCAUGGAGACUGCGUUCAGAGAGGCGGAGAAAACAUUGACUCCUCCCCCAAGUCCAGUCCCUUUUGUUGGCUACUAUACCUAUUCCAACUUAACUUUCUAUGAGAUCAAAGUUGGACACGGUGGGGUGCUGGUCAUGCAGCAGUUUGGGCCUCAUGCUGAAGAGCUGAUCCCUGAGAAAUACCGGACAAUCAAGCUCCACCAUCUGGAAGAUCGUGUCUUCCAAGUUGUUUUUGACAAGGAGUUCCCAUGUGUUCUGCAUUUGGGCUCUGCCUCCAUCUCACUGGAGACCCAGAACGGGCAGCUCUUUAAUUUUUAUCCAUUUGAUCGCAAGGGUUUGUCUCCUGGCUUUGAUGCACCGGGGCUGAACACAUACAAUGUGGUGCGUGUACUUCGUAAACCUGUAUUCUAUAGCUAAAUGUCCCCUCUCCUUUUCUGACUGUUCCUGGGGGGUGGCUCCAAAUCUGCAUCUUUCCAGACUCCUUCUAUGUGGCUUUUUGGACGCCAUUAAUUGGGAAAUAUUGCAAAUGACUGUUAUUCCCAACAAAUAUAUCAUGUCUCACUUCUGAAAUUACUGCAGUGGCUCGCCAUCCCUGUCACUGCAUGGCAGAUUGGCUAGCAAUGGGGAUGCCUCCAGAAACAACAGGUAGAAAUGAGGUAAAUGAGUGGUGUUUGGAUGCCAUAAAAAAACAAACAGGUUUUAAGUCUUUACAAUUAAAAUGCCUGUAUAUUGACCAUUGUGGUGAUUGACUGGUACCAUCAAAGGGCUGGGAAAUCCCUGCGUCUCUUUCAGGGCUGUUGAUGAGCCCACCUCCCGUGACCAAGAUUUUUUCACUGGGUUUGCUCAGAAAUGGCACCAACGUGAUACCAGGCUCUGCUUGUGAUACCUGGGAAGUGGGAUUCCAUUUCUUUUCCAUCAAGUAAACUGUGAAGAGCCAGAAGCAGUAUGGUUUUAUCUUGGCUCCAUGGAUUUCUGCAAAAGCUGUGGUCACACUAUGGAUUUUGUAGCACUUAAUUGUAAAAGAUGACGCAUACUCCUGUGAGCAGGGUCAUAUGAACACAUACUGGUACGUUCCAAGUGGAAUCAAGUUUGUUACUAUCUCAGUGCACAGUGUGAGUGUGAUAUUUGAGUGUGAUAUUUAAGUGUGUGAGUGUGAUAUUUAAGUACAGGAACAUGUGGAAAUGUGUAUGAGUAUUUGGGGCACAAUAUCUGUGUAGAUAAAUACCUGUUGUGUUUAUGCACUUGAGUGGGGAUGGGAACUGAUAAUGCAUUCCCCUGGGGAGUAGGAUAGAUGCACAUUUAGGAUAGAUGCACCUCUAAGAAUAAAUCAACAAAUUCAUUCUCUCCUCCUUUCUUGUGACCACUCCAUGCCAAGGCAGUCAGGAUGGAUGGUGUAUAUUAAUAGUCAAUUAUCAUAUCAGUAGUAGCCAAUAUCAUAUCACUGUGAUGGCGAUGGAGUCGGACACCAUGCAAGCAAGACAGGGCAGCUACCACUGAUUGAGAAGUCUUGGGUCCUGCAAUACACCUUCAAGUUUAGGAGAGUGUUGUAAUUGGAGCCUGAAAAAAAAUACAAGCAGAGAGCCAGAGCAAGACAACCUUAAUUUAAGUAGCCUAACUGCAAAGUGUGAUUAUGGCUGUCCAGCAUGGAAAUCCUGCAGGAAGUGCAAAAGUUAAACAUACUAGCACAAUCAAAGACUUUUCAAGGUGCAUGUUCUUCCAUACCAUCACUGGUAUGAGGCUGGGUCCUCUUGCAGAGUGACCUUCUCCUGUUUGUUUGCUCAAACAGUCUUGAAAGUGGAUGUCUCUUAGAGAGGACUGGAAAGUAACUCUCCCUGCAUCUUUGUCUCUCUUGUUGUCUCUCCCUGAUUUUAUUCUGCGUGUAGUUCCUCGGCUCUAAUUUCAAGUAGAGAUACCAUCACUAAAGGCCUAGAAACCUAAUUGGCAAAUGUGGUUCCCUGCCUUUUUCCAGACAAUUUCAGUUCCUUGGCAAACAUACGGAAUAACGUAAGCCUUGCCUUACAAUCAGUCAUGGUUGCUGCUGUACGUGUUUCCUCAUAUGUUUAACACCCUCAUAUGUUUAAGUAUUUAAUCUGGGCUAUAGAAACAAUGCACUCAAUGCAAAUUCUCGCUGUAGGCCAGUUAUGUGUGAUUAUACCCAGAGAUAAGGAUGCAGACAUGAUGCACUGCUUUUGUAUUUCCUGUAGAGAUGCCUAAACUAUGUCUCGGCACGCCUGAUGUAACACAGACUGUUCUUCUUGCUUUGGAACUUAUACAUCAACUACCAUUAAAUGCCUCUGAGUGAUUAUAUCACGCUCCCACAAACCCGCCAAGGCAAGUGCCAUGUGCUUACAGUGGUGGAAGCAACCACUGUAUUGCUGGAAACAUAUCCCACGUCCCACAGCACUUCCCAAAGCACUGUCCUGGGCCUUGGCAAGCAAGUCUUAUGGUGACACGGCACCCCAGAAGGAACGGAGUCCGGCAAUGAGACUCGCUUCUGAAACAGCCUCAUAGAUGUAAUUGUAUUGUGCAUCACUUGUUUUGUAUAUUCUUUUAUCAUUAUUAUAAUGAUUUUCCCUUCGUUUUCUGUCCUAUUAAACAACCUUUGUCUAAACCCAUGGGUUUUAUCUUUUUUUUUUUCCAGUUCUCUCCCCUGUCCCACUGUGGGGGAUUGAGGGGGCGUCUGUGUGAUACUUGGCUGCCUGCUGGCUUAAACCACAACAGCUCACAACCUGCCUAUCUAACAAAGAGCUGAAGUCAAAUGCCCUUGGAAGCUCUUCACAACUGUUUCCCCACUCUUGAAUGUUAUUUUCAAGGUGGGGUCUAAGAAUUACACAAUUUAGAUCAGUUCAAUUCUCAGAAUUGAAGGAAACACUGAGAAACAUCCACCAUGUACGUGCCCCACCUGGAGGUGCUUAAGGCCAGGCUGGAUGGGGUCCUGGGCAGCCUGAGCUGGUGGGGAGCAACCAGCCCAUGGUAGAGGUUGGAGCCAUCCUCCAUGCUAAGUCAUUCUGUGAUUCUAUGAUAAGAUACUAUGUCCAUGUCUUUAUACUGGGAUUCAAGGUCAUCAGUGCAGACUGGAACAAAAAGCUGCAGCUUCUUCCCUGAUAGACAGGUUUAUGCUUUUUUCAGUACCUUUUUCCACACCCUUUUCUCUUUAUGAUUCACGUCACGUUCUUGAAAUGCCAUUCAGGCAUUUGCAGGAGGGGAACUGCAGUAGUAAUUUUUAUUAGAUGAAUUUUAUACCAAGUUCAGCAAUAAACUGUUUUGACUGUA